AUGCAGGGUAAUAAUAUCUCACUAUUUUCUUCCUUCUCAGUAUUCCAAAAUCAGUUUCCGAUGAAGUGAUUCUUGAUUGAGGAUGUCUGUGCUUAAGACAACCGAAUUCACUUGCAAAUUCUCUUCAUUGGUGGAUAGAUUUUUAUGCACUGAGAAAAGAUGUAGAAACUGCUAUGGGACGUGUAGAAGAGAUUAGGGCCUCUGCCGGUCUGGAGCGUCUACAAGCAGAUCUUGCAGAUUUGGAGGAGAAGGCUGCAGAGAGCUCCUUAUGGGAUGAUCCACGUUCUGCACAAGAGAUACUUUCAGCCUUAACUGACGUGAAAGAAAAGAUCAAGCAGCUCGCUGAAUUUAAGUCCCAGGUGCCAUAUUGGAUAUCAUUGCCCAUCUCUUCAAAUUUCUAAUUAUUUAUGACAGGAAUAAUGUUCAACCUGAAUUUCUGGUUCCGACGUUAGUAUUUUGGGAGAAAAUCACAGACAAUUGCAUUGAUCUCGUUCUGAAAAAUAUGGAUGAAUUUUCUAUCUGCAAAGUUUGGAUGAUCAACUUCUAUUGGGUGUCACUCAUGGGGCAGUUGAUCCAUGAAACAGGUGUGGGUAGGUGAGAAGCCUCAUAGUUUUGGCAAGGGUACUUACAGUGUGUGUUCAACAUAGCACAUGUUUUCUUUUCAUCAUGAAACAGGUGUGAGUAGGUGAGAGGCGUUGGUAGAACGUCGAUAUAACGCAAAGGCAACAUUCAUUGGGCUCUUCUCCUUACCAACACUCGUAUAUUUUUAGUAAUCAUCCUGAUGUCAUCAAUUGCCGACUAUGCGUGUCAAAUUAUUUAGGUGGAAGAGGCGGAUACCAUUAUCAAGUUGACUGAAGAGAUGGAAUCCGUAGAUGCCAGCCUUCUUGAAGAAGCCUCUAAGAUAGUCAGAGAGUUGACCAAAGCAAUGGACCGUUUCGAGCUAACACAGCUUCUUUCUGGUCCUUAUGACAAGGAUGGAGCAGUAGUAACCAUCACUGCCGGUGCCGGGGGAACCGAUGCACAGGUGCCUGUCUAAUUAACUCUGAUGGUCAAACCGUGAAUUUUUUACCAAACUUUUCCCUUUUUCAGCAUGGGUUGCACCAUAUUUCGCAUUUCAUGAUGCUUAGGUCGUCAAUCUUGCAUAAAUUGUUGCAGUGUGUCCAGUGCAGGAUUGGGCUGACAUGCUUCUCCGGAUGUAUGUGAGAUGGGGAGAAAAACAGCGUUACAGGACGAAAGUGGUCGAGAAAUCCAUGGGAGAAGAGGCCGGUAUCAAGUCGGCAACCAUAGAACUCGAAGGUCGCUUUGCUUAUGGGUAUCUAUCUGGAGAAAAAGGGACACAUCGUAUUGUUCGGCAGUCACCAUUCAAUGCCAAAGGUCUCCGCCAGGUAAUUCAUUUCCUCGUGCUUUUAAUUUUUCCAAUAUUUUUGAACAAAAAAAGACAUUUUUUUCACAUCCUUUUGCUCUUGAAAUCUCAAGAACAACCAAUGAGGUUCUAUAUCUUCCAGUUCUCUAGGGAUCCGUUGGCCUUAUUUAUAGCCCUAUUUUUCAAAAAAAUAUGCUUAAAUUAAUUAAAUACCAAUGGAAACUGCUGCUGUUUGUUCUAAAUUAUAGCACUUUCAGAGACACGUACUUCAGAUCUAGAUUAAGCUAUUUUCUCUCAUGACCCAUUUAUUAUUUAUUUAUUUUAAUCACCAUUCAGAAAUAAUUAGGCUAUUUAAUCACAUUUAAAUAGCCUAUAUAUGUCUGCUAUUGCCCAUGCACCUCUAGAAAAAAGGAAUCACCUCCAAAGAACGAGUUAUUCACUGUGGAAAAUGGUUGCGGGAGCUCUUGGCAAGAGUUUUCUGGUAAAAUGAUGGGAGAUCGUGGAAAGUAAUGUGGUCUCUGUGGGAUAUGCAGACGAGUUUUGCUGGGGUUGAGGUGAUGCCUCUUCUCCCCGAGGAGUCAUUGGACGUUGAGAUCCCGGAAGAAGACCUGGAGAUUAGCUAUUCGAGGGCUGGGGGCAAAGGAGGCCAGAACGUGAACAAGGUGGAAACGGCCGUUCGCAUCGUCCACGUCCCCACUGGGGUUACUGUUCGCUGCACAGGUUAGCCACCCCCAUCCUACCUACAUUCACCCCUUCUCUCUCUCUCCCCUUUCUCUCUUAUUCUGGGCCCUCAUCUUCGGUCUCUCUCUCUCUCUUCUUUCUCUCUCUUAUUCUGGGCUCUCAUCUCCGGUCUCUCUCUCUCUCUUCUUUCUCUCUUUUAUUCUGGGCCCUCCUCUCGGACUCUCUCUCUCUCUCUCUCUUCUACCAUUGAAUGAAACUAAAGAUGUGUUUUUUUUUAAAUGGGUAACGCAUAAAUUCAUCAUUAAACUACUUACAUUGUUUUGAGAAAGCGAACCCAGAUAGUGACUUUUCUUAAUUGCUAGCUCUGUUCUUCGACAAAAAAACGAAGCUGAAAUUUACAUGUAACAUGACCUGGAAAAUUUAAUGGCUCCUCGGUGUCCUGCAAUCAUCCAUACCCCUCUCUCUCUCUCUCUUAUUCUGGCCCCCCCCUUUCCGGUCCUCUCUCUCUUAUUCUGCCCCCCCCCUUUUCUGGUCCCUCUCUCUCUCUCUCUCUCUCUCUCUCUCUCUCUCUCUUAUUCUGUGCCCUCCUCUCCGGUCUCUCUCUCUAUCUCUCUUCAGCCAUUGAAUGAAACUAAAAAUGUGGUUUUUCAAAAUGGGUAUGUAUAAAUUCAUCAUCAAAAUGCUUCCAUUGUUUUGAGAAAGCAAACCCAGGUGGUGGGUUUUCUUAAUUGUUAGCUCUGUUCUUCGAACAAAAAAGCGUAGCUGAACUUUACAUAUAACAUGACCUGGAAAAUUUAAUGGCUCCUGGGUGUCCUGCAAUCAUCCACGCCCUCUCUCUCUCUCUCUCUCAUUGGACAGCUCUGUCUUGUGAAGUAUCUCUUCAUCUGAUUUCUAAAAAAAGAAAAAAAAAGGAGCGGGGGAUGGGGAGAAUAUCCAUGCCCCUUCUUCGUCAUUCUUUUCCCACCGUGAAUCCCUCUCUGACACAAAAACCCUCGUUCCAUUGCAGAGGAGCGGUCGCAGCUGGCUAACAGGAUCAAAGCGCUCAGCCGCUUGAAGGCGAAGCUACUGGUGAUCGCCGAGGAGCAGAGGGCCUCCGAGAUCAAGCAGAUCAGAGGAGACGCGGUGAAGGCCGAAUGGGGCCAGCAGAUCCGCAACUACGUCUUCCACCCCUACAAGCUCGUGAAGGACGUCCGCACCGGCCUCGAGACCUCCGACAUCGCCUCCGUCAUGGACGGCGACCUCGAGUCCUUCGUCAAGGCCUAUCUCAAGCACAAGUACACCCUCUCCCUCAACUCCACCCCUCUCAACUGA